AUGCCCGGGAUUGACACUAGGAUCACGUCUCACGAGCUGAACGUAGAUCCCACGUUCAAACCCAUGAAACAAAAACGUCGAAAACUCGGCCCAGAUCGGGCUAAAGCAGUAAACGACGAAGUAGACCGACUACUCAAGGUAGGCUCGAUCAGAGAGGUGAAAUACCCCGACUGGCUAGCUAAUCCUGUAGUUGUCAAAAAGAAAAACGGAAAGUGGAGAGUCUGUAUCGAUUUCACAGACCUUAAUAAAGCUUGUCCAAAAGACAGCUAUCCACUUCCUCAUAUAGAUCGCUUGGUCGAAGCUACGGCUGGUCACCAGCUCCUAUCCUUCAUGGAUGCGUUUUCUGGGUAUAAUCAAAUCAAGAUGAACCCAGAAGAUCAGGAGAAAACAGCUUUCAUAACAGACCGAGGUACUUACUGCUACAAAGUAAUGCCAUUCGGGCUAAAAAACGCGGGAGCUACAUAUCAGCGCCUCGUAAACAAAAUGUUUGCCGAUCAGCUCGGUAAAACAAUGGAGGUGUACAUAGACGAUAUGCUGGUCAAAUCCUCUAGGGAAACAGACCACGUCGCACAGCUCCGGGUAUGCUUCUCCAUACUUAACAAGUACGGCAUGAAGCUGAACCCGACUAAGUGUACAUUCGGAGUUCCGUCUGGCGAGUUCCUCGGUUACCUAGUAACUGAACGCGGAAUCGAGGCGAACCCGAAGCAAAUCUCUGCCCUCUUAGAUAUGCCUUCUCCAGAAAAUACUAGAGAAGUACAACGGUUAACCGGUCGAAUAGCAGCCCUUAAUAGGUUCAUUUCCCGGUCAACCGACAAGUGUCUUCCAUUUUACCAGCUCCUCCGAGGAAAUAAAAAAUUCCUCUGGGACGAAAAAUGCGAAGAAGCUUUCAAACAGCUCAAAACUUACCUCAGCGAACCUCCUAUACUGGCAAAACCAGUAGAAGGAGAACCGCUAUACCUUUACAUCGCGGUCUCGCCUGCAGCGGUCAGCGGGGUCUUAGUUCGUGAAGAGCUAAACGAACAAAGACCAAUCUUUUACGUAAGUAAAUCCCUGAUUGAUGCCGAGACUAGAUACCCAGCUAUGGAAAAACUUGCCUUAGCAAUAGUAAUGUCCGCUCGCAAGCUGCGACCUUACUUUCAAUCACACACAAUCGUGGUGAUGACCUCGCAACCAUUGCGAACUAUGCUACAUAGUCCAAGUCAAUCUGGACGACUAGCUAAAUGGGCUAUCGAGCUCAGCGAAUACGACAUCGAAUAUCGAACUAGAACCUGUGCUAAAGCCCAGGUACUAGCUGAUUUCAUGAUCGAGCUGGCACCGGAAGCCAAUAACGAUACCACCCUCUCUAAAGUUUGGACACUCUUCGUAGAUGGAGCCUCGUCCAAACAAGGAGCUGGCGUCGGAAUCAAACUCACAUCUCCAACCGGAGAAGUGAUCGAACAAUCGUUCAGACUCGGAUUCGUCGCCUCUAACAAUGAGGCCGAAUACGAGGCACUCAUAGCCGGACUCCGACUCGCAAUCGGGAUCGGCGUGAAUGAGAUCAACGCAUUCAGCGACUCCCAGCUCGUUACUAGCCAAUACAGCGGCGAGUACGAAGCAAAAGAGGAGCGCAUGGAAGCUUAUCUCAAAGUAGUUCGAGAUUUAGCUGGACAAUUCAGUAAAUUCGAACUAACUAGGGUGCCUAGGGGAGAGAACACUUCGGCUGACGCCUUAGCUGCUCUCGCCUCCACUUCGGACCCAACUGUAAGACGUGUGAUCCCAGUCGAAGGCAUAGAUAAACCUAGCAUCGACAUCGCACUCAAGUCUGACAGUAUAAACGCAAUUACCUCGCGCCCGUCUACUCGUUCUCAAACUAGACAGUCCCAAGAUCCGGGACCAUCUAACCCGGAACCUGAUUCCGAGGAAGAAGAACCUGACCAAGAUAGGCAAAAAACAAGGUAUAUCGAUUCGGACUCUUCGCAAAAUACGCAAGAGUCCACGAUCCAUACCGUCCCAUCUGCUAUGGCGAACGAACUCACCUUAAAGGAAGAGUUCGCUGCGAGACCCGACUGGAGAACUCCCUAUAUCGAGUAUAUCCAGCUCGGAGCCGUCCCUAACGAAAAAUGGGCAUCUCGCAAGCUAAAAGCCCAAAGCGCACAUUAUUGCAUGAUGGAAGAUAAGCUCUACAAGCGAAGCCUUAUCGAACCAUAUCUAACAUGCAUCCAUGGCGAAGAAGCUUACACCGUAAUGCACGAGACUCAUCAAGGACCUUGCGGAAGUCAUUCCGCAGGCCGAGCUCUCGUCAUACGGAUUAAAAAGCUAGGCUACUUCUGGCCGACGAUGAUCAGAGACUGCGAACAGUACUCCAGGCGAUGUGACAAAUGCCAAAGGCACGCCCCAAGCAUUCACGACCUAUGGUCUCUUCGGGACCGAAAGCAAUUCCAAUACCUACUAGUCCUUACUGACUACUUCACUAAAUGGAUCGAGGCCAAACCAUACCAACAAACGACCGAACUCGAGGUCCGGAAAUUUAUCUGGAAAGACAUCAUUUGUCGACACGGGCUCCCUUUCGAGAUCGUGACAGAUAACGGAUCUCAGUUCAUAGCUCGAACAUUCAAAGACUUCUGCAAGAAGUGGAACAUACGCAUAACGUAUUCCACACCUCGUUACCCUCAAGGGAACGGGCAAGCUGAAGCAACAAACAAAACCCUCUUGAGUAACCUCAAGAAACGACUCGACGCCCGUAAACAUAGGUGGUCCGAAGAGCUCGCAGCAGUUCUUUGGGCUUGCCGAACUACACCUCACAAAGCUACUCAUGAGACCCCGUUCUCAUUAGCUUACGGGCUAGAGGCCGUCAUCCCAACUGAAACUUCCGUUCCAAGUCUUCGCAGGAUGCAAUGUCCAGCGAACGUCGAGCUGAACGAAGAAAUGUUGAGAGAUCACCUUGACCUUAUCGACGAACGUCGAGAUCAAGCUCUGAUCCGGAUACAAAACUAUCAACAGGCCGCAGCUCGCUAUUACAACUCCAAGGUUAAACACCGGAUUUCGUAUAGGCGACAUGGUUCUGAGAAAAGUACAAGACUAUACCAAAGAGCGGUGCAGGGAAACUUGGGACCAAUUGGGAAGGUCCCUACCUCAUUACCGAAGUAG